AGAAAUAGCGCCUAAAACGUUUCGGGAGUGUCACGUGGUAUACAGCCAAUGACAGUGAAGAUGAGCAUUUUCCUCUUCUGGUCUUGAGACGCCUGUAGAUUUUUGGUGUAUUAACGCGGGAAAAAAUAUGGAAGUGGAGGAAGGAUUUGAUACAUCUGAAACAAUUAUAGUAGAUGAUGUGCCUCUUGAUAAUAACCAUACAAAUGUAGUAGAAGAUUUUAGUGAAUCUGUUGAAACGAUAGUUUCGUCAUCAAAAACUCGUGUUGAUAAUUUAACGGAAGGUAAAGGACCAGAAAAAAUAGAAAAACUUGUUCAACUUCCUCUUACAAGAAUUAAAAAUCUAAUAAAGUUAGAUCCAGACGUUAACUUAGCCAGUCAUGAUGCUGUGUUUGUUAUUGCUAAAGCUGCGGAGCUCUUCAUAUAUAUGAUGGGAAGAGAAGCAUAUAAAUUUACCAAACAGAACAAGAAGAAAACUAUUCAAAAAAAAGAUAUUGAUGAUUGCAUCAGUGCUUGUGACUGCCUUGCCUUUUUAGAGGGUUCUCUGAAGGAUGAUUAAUAGAUUUGAACAUCUGCCUGUUUCUGCCGUUAUUGUAUGUGUAUAUUGAAUGUAGGUAGCUGUAUGUCUAUUGAAACACUGAUGUCAUUCUAUACUCACUGAAGAAUUUUUAUUUAUGUAAAUGCUUUGUCAAUAAAUAAUUUUAAGUUUUC